AUGAAGUUUUCAGCCAGCACACUUUUUUUUCUCGUGGGGCUUUCUGUCCCGAUUUCGAGUACCUCUAUUCAACAGGAUGGAACCAGCUGCACCGCCAAUCCUCUCGGAAAUGGGCAAGAUGAUGUUCCUAACAUUCUCACAGCUGUCAGCCAAUGCGGCCAGACGCCCGGAGGAAGAGUCGUCCUCCCAGCGCCAUACACCUACCGUAUCAACCAACGGAUGACAACCCAUCUGGCCAACUCACGCCUUGAAAUUGGCGGAACGCUUCUCUUCAGCGACGACAUCGACUAUUGGGUCAAUAACUCUUACCGGGUGGACUUUCAGAACCAGUCGAGCGCCUGGCGCAUCACAGGGCAUGACUAUGUGAUUGACGGCGGUCCACACCAGGGUGGAAUCGACGGAAACGGGCAGCUGUGGUAUACUUGGGCCAAGGGAGGAAGUAAUGUCUUUGGGCGUCCCAUCCCGUUGCAUGUGUUUCAGUUGACGCGCGCGACUCUUCGCAAUUUAUCCAUCCGACAGCCCCAGUUCUGGGCUGUUCUUGUGGAUUCAUCUUCGCAUAUUGCCCUGGACCACGUCUAUGUCAACGCGACCAACCACGAUUUUUCAGUGAGUCCUGAAGGUGAGUGGGUUCAGAAUACUGACGGGGUUGAUACGUACCGUUCGGAUUACAUCAGUAUCACCAACUGGGUAUACCAAGGGGGGGACGAUGCCGUGGCGUUCAAGGGAAACUCGACAAAUACCCAUGUGGAGAAUGUGACUGUCUAUGGAGGGCCUGGCAUUGCGUUUGGAUCGCUGGGACAAUAUCCCGACCGGGCUGAUAUUGUGGAAAUCAUCACAGUCAAGAAUGUUCAACCGUCGUUCAAACGGGAGAUGGAUUCCGGCGUCUACUUCAAAAGCUGGAUUGGGGUCAACUAUGGCGUCCCUCCUAACGGAGGCGGAGGCGGCACUGGAUAUGUUCGAAAUGUGACGGUAGAGAACAUCCAGCUCAAAGAGGUGCAGCUGCCGGUGUAUAUUGAUACUUGUCUGAGCUAUCUAUUCAACGAAAACGUAACGCAGUAUUGUGACACCUCGACCUACAAGUUUGAGGACCUGCACUUUAAGAACAUCAGCGGGAAUGGACUAGCCACCGUGACUGACUACCCAGGGAAGAACAUCACUUUUGCUGUGUCCUUGCUUUGUUCGGACCAGGCACCGUGCAUGGAUUUGACAUUCCAGAAUAUUGAUAUUACACUGCCAGUAAAUUAUACUGGCGAGAAGGUGCUGUGUAAGAAUGCCGAGGUGAAGGGAUUGCAGUGCAAUUCGUGA